AUGGGAGCCACAGCCAAGCGAUCAUCCAGGAGGGGGAUGUCUCUUUCGUCUACCCUUAGUGAGUUAUCACAUCAUGUGUUAUUCAGAUGCAUUAAUAUUUUUCUUUUCUUAAAUAUUAAACCUAAUAUUAUCGUUGCUUUCGUCCAUUUUUUCUUUCCUUCUUUUUUUUUUUUGUUAUUUCUUUCCUCCUUGCUUUCACCCGUCUCCUUGUUUCUUUAUUUCGUCUUUCUUUUUUUUCUUCUAUAUUUUCUUUCCUUGCGUUUUUCACCUCUUUCCUUGGUUCUUUCUUCACUUUUCCUCCUUUUUUUUCUUCCUUCUUUCUUUUAUUUUCCUUUUUCUUCUGUUUUUCAUUUCUCUUUUUCUUUCGGUCCUUAUUCUAUUUCCUUAUUCUUUUUUUUUCCUUCCUUUAAUUUUUAUAAUUCAUCAUCGAAUUUACAUUCGUUUUCUUAUACCCUCCUUCCUUUUACGCCAUCUCUCUAUUUUCAUCUGUCUGUGACUUUCACUAUCUCCUUCUCCCUCUCUUUCUAUCUAUCUAUCUAUCUAUCUAUCUAUCUAUCUAUCUACUUGGCUUUUCCCUUCACAUUAUAUUUCUCUUAUUUGUAUUUUCUUAACAUCACCCUAGAACGGAUUUCGCUGAUGGAUUCCACUUUUCAUAUGCGCUGA